AUGCGCUUCACCACAGGGCUCUGGCUCGCCGCCGCGGCCGUCGCCAAGGCGACAUAUUGGAUGGAGGACAUCAAGCACCAGGGUAUCUCGGCUUACAACGCCGAUCCAAAGUACCAGGUCUUCCGUAACGUCAAGGACUUCGGGGCCAAGGGUGACGGUGUUACUGACGACACGGCGGCGAUCAACCUCGCCAUCUCAUCCGGAAACCGAUGUGCACCGGGAACAUGCAAGGGUGAGACGACGUCACCUGCGACGGUCUACUUCCCUUCCGGCACAUAUCUCAUCUCUGGUUCAAUCGUCGAUUACUUCUACACCCAAAUCAUCGGCGACCCGACAGACCGACCCGUGAUCAAGGCUGCUGCCAACUUCGACGUCACUAACAACUUUGGUCUCAUUGACGGCAACAAGUACGGUGCCAACGGGUUGAGCUGGGGUGCCACCAAUGUCUUCUUCCGCCAGGUCCGCAACUUGAUCUUUGAUACCACCGCCAUCCCCGCCUCUUCUGCCGCCCUCGGAAUCCACUGGCCCUCAUCCCAGGCCACCGCCAUCACCAACUGCGUCUUCCGCCUUGCCGCCGGCGCUGACAGCAAGCACACCGGUAUCUUCAUUGAGGAAGGAUCCGGUGGUCUCCUCAAUGACUUGGACUUCUACGGUGGACAGUAUGGCGCCAACUUUGGCAACCAGCAGUACACCGCCCGCAACCUGUAA